UCAUUGUGAGCUAUGUAGCAUCCGUGACAUGGCUGCAACAUUUAUUUGAAGGAAGUAUUACCACACUUGCUUUUUGUCAGGGAUGCCGUUUAACUUGCGGAGGCAUGUCCAAUUGGAUAUUAUGAACGGACAAUUAGGCUAGCUCAUCGGACCAGCUCGUCGGGAGAACCGACCAUGCCGGGCUCACCGUUUGGUGCCUUGCUCGAGAUUUUGGAGGAGCUGCUGUUGACGCACGAUGCUCAACAAUAUUUCAGUGGCCAGAACGGUGCAGCGGCUCCGGCGGCCCAGCACUUGCACCUGGGCGUCAUAAGGUUGCGGCUGCUGGCGUCGGGCGGCGGCGCUCAGGAUCAGCCUCACGCAGGGGCUGGACCUGCGCCAGCAGAGCCCUACAGCUCGACUGCGGAGGCCCAGGAAGACGUGGAGCGGGUGUGGGAGGGCGCAGCGGCCGCCUACCCGGAGGGCCACCCGGGGCGGGCUGCAGCUGGGCGGCUGGCGGAGCAGUUCCGCCGGCUUACCGGCGGCGCGGCAGCAGCAGCAGCAGCAGCAACCACCUCGGCAACGGCGGAACAGGAGCAGAGGCUGCUGGGCCAUAUGUCCGACGCACAACCGGGGCCGCAGGCGCACGGGUGCGGCGAUGGGGCGUGCCAGGCCCAGGCGGCAGCUGGCUCUGGGGACGAGGCCGUGGACGGCCGCGCCGGCAGUUCGGGACCCGGGUUGUGCGCAGGGCUGCCCAACGGCUACGCGCAAGAAGUCUUGGCGGAAGCAGGGCCAACGACAGCAGCGGUCGCGGUGUCAGCAGCGGCGGUAGCUGCGGACGCCGCCGAGGGCAGGCCUUCCGAGCAGGAUGCUGGGGCAGACGCGGGGGACAUCGCUCAAGCUGCCGGAUGUCCAGGGGCGGUGACGGACGCGGCUGGCGCGACCUGUGACUCCGCCGCAUUAGCACCGGCGGCAGCAGGGACGGCUGCGGCGAGCACGUCGUUACAAGAAGCCACGGUCCAUGCGCGGAUGAGCCAGGACGCAGCCGCCGAGGCGGGCUGCACGGGCGGCGGGGCGGCAAGCGACCCGGCGGUUGCCGCGGACAGCCCGGACCCUGGUGCGCCUGCCUGUUCGCCGCCGUGUGGGGACGGAGGCGCCGAGGCAGCUACGCCACGCACAGCCCCGGCCCAAGACCCGGCUGAGGCACGGGCUGAGUCCGAGCCCCAGGCCGAGGCUAUGGAGCCUGCAGGCCCGGCUGUUGAUUCAGCAGUGGGGAGCGAUGCGCAAGGCGAGGCGUGGGCGGCGGGGCAGGAGGUCGAGCAAGCGGCGGGGCAGGAGGCAGACAUGCAGUCGCCGUCACUACCGCCCCCAGCAGGUCCACCCCCUGAGCCGCCCCGACCACCAGACCCGCUGGAAACCCUUGCUGCCGAGGGAGCGGCGGAGGGCGUAGCGGCACGAGCCGCAGAGGGGGCCGUGAAGCAGGAGGAGCGUGGAAGCCAAGUGGGAGUGAAGCAAGAGGAGCUCCCACCAGAGGCCGGGGCAUGGGAGCCGCCGGCUGCCGCCUUGCCGCCCGGGGCCGCAGAUGCUGCAUCCACGGCAGCGCCGGUCGCGGCAUCCGACACGGCAGCAUGUGGGUCGGCUGCGGCGGCUGCGGCGUCAGGCGUGGCGGGGGUGGCGGCUGAGGAGGAGGAGGACUGCGGCGGCGCGGCGGGCGGCAGCGGCAGCGGCAUGGACGACCCGUUUUUCAUGGGCAUGGGCAUGGGUCUGGGCAUGGGUCUGGGCGGGCGUGACGGCGGGCUGGGCGACGACGACGAGCCCAUGGAGCUCAUGCCGCCCUACAGCGACGGCGACGGCGAGGGCGACCCGCCGCUCCUGAAGACGGAGCCCGACUCGGAGCCGGAGCGGCGGCAGCUGCAGGGCCAGGCGCUGAAGCAGGAGGAGGUGAAGCGGGAGGAGGUCGGGCAGCAGGCGCUAGGGCAGGGGCCGUCGGACUGGCAGGCGGCCGGCUCCGGUGCCGCGUCAGUGAAGGCGGAGCAGCCAUGUGCGCCGCCGGCAGCCCAGCAGCUGCCCUGCUACUCGCAACAAGGACAGCCGCAGCAACAGCAGGGGCAGGGGCAGGGGCCGGACUCGCAGCAGCCGCAGACGCAGCAGCAGAUGUGGGAGGCGGAGCAGGCGGUGAUGGCGGCGGAGGCGGCGGAGCAGGCGGUCAUCGCGGUGCGGCAGGCGGCGGCGCACGAGGCGGCGCUGGCGGCGCAGCUCAGCCACCACCACGCCGCCGCGCCGGCAGCGGCCAUGAGCUUCGUGCCGGAUCACAACUCCUCCACGCCCCUGGCAGCCGUGGCCUCUACGCCCUCGCACACCAACCACACGCACGGCUCGACGGGCACCGGCACCGGCACAGGCGGCUUGCAGGGGCAGGACUCGGCCACCGACACGGGCGCCACUGCGGCCGCGGCUGCGCAGGGAGGUGAGUCACGGCCAGAGCGGGCACCAAGCGGCGAGGCUGAUGGUACUGGUGCGUCGGCACCGCCCCACCAACAACCGCACAUCCAACUCCAGAACAACAACCACCAGCAGCAGCAGCAACAGCAGCUGGUGGGCCUAGCUGGUUACCCCCCGCACUUGCAACACCACCACCACCACCAUCAGCAGCAACAACAGCAACAGCAGCAGCAAGGCGUGCCUCAGGAUAUGGUGCCUGUGAGUUCGGGAGCUAUGAUGAUGGCGGUGGGACCCAAACCCGGCCCAGGGCAGGCAGGGGCCUCGCUCCCGCCCGGCAUGAUUCCAGCCCCGGGCGGGACCCCACAGCUACCGGAUGUGGCCCACACAGACACUGGCGGUGCAGGCACAGGUGCGGGCGCUCCCGCAGACCGGGCGCGCAUCAUCCACCCCACGGGCGGCCCCAAGCUCAAGCUCUCGCCGCAGCCGCAGCCGCACCCGCAUGCUGCGCAGCCGCCGCACCUGCAGCCGCAGCUCCCGGGCAUGGUGCCGAUGGGGCCCGGUGGCAUGGGCGGCAAGGUGGGGCUGAUGGGGCACAUGGCCCCGGGGUCGCACGGCGGCGCCCCGCCACAUGGCCACGGGGGCAUGUACCCGCUGGCGGGGGGCGCGCAGUCGGGGCCGGGGGCGGCGGGAGCCGGCACGGACCUGGCCGGGGCCCCGGGCGCCGCGGGGGCGGCGGGGACGGGUGCUGGCGGCGGCGGCGUGGCGGCAGUGCCGGGCUUCAUCAUGCAGCCAGGCAUGGUGCCGAAUGGACUCAUGACACACGCCACUGCUGCUGCUGGGCCGCACGGACACAUGGGCGGGCCGCAGCAGCAGGCGCUGCGGCCGCCGCCGCCGACAGGUGCCGGAAUGCCGCCUCAGCCGCACCAGCCUCAGCCGCCGGGGUCGGGGCCCGCAGCUGGGGCGCCGCACUCGGGCACGCCGCCCGCAAAGCGCGCCAGGGUGGCCCCGGCGGCUCUCAAGGGGGAGCUUGGCGGCGGCACCGACCGCGCGCCUGCUGGCCGCGCCCCCGCCCCCGCGCCACACCCGGGCGGUGGCUUGGGCCUGGGCCCCGGCUCCCCGCCCGGCGGGCGCUGUGACGUGUGCCGGCGCCUGAAGAAGGGGCGGUGCGGCACUAGCACCAGCAGCCUCAAGUGCGAGUACCGCCGCUUCAACAACCUGCCCUACGCCGACCCCGUCACAGGCGAGCGGGUGGUCCCGCCCGGCUACCUGGCGUCGGAGUCGUCGGACGAGGACACAGGCACACCCGCGGCGGCGGCUGUGGCGGCGGCGGCGGCGGCCCAGCAGGAGCAGCAGCAGGUGCAAGGGCAGCAGAUGCACAUGCACAUGCACAUGCAGCAGCAGAUGCAGCAGGGGCAGCCGUUCCCUGGCAUGGGGGGCCUGGGGGGCAUGGCAAUGGGCUCUAGCACGCUUCUAGCGCCCGGCGGGAUGGGGCUGGGUGCGGCCGGAGGCGGCGGCGCGUCGGGCAUGAUGGUGAUGGGUCCCGGCGGCGCCGCCGGCCUGCAGCUGUCUGGCAGCGUGGGCAGUGCCGGGGUGGGUGGCCUGAUGGGGGCAGGCGGCAGCGGGGUCCCGCAGGGCGACGUUGCGGCGGCUGGCGGGGCCGGAGGGCCGGGGCUGCUCGACCCAGGGUUAGCCAUGGGCGGAGCUGGGGGUGGCUCCGGCCUGGUGCCCGUGGGCUCAGUGGGGUUCAGUGCGGGCUCGGGGCCGUCCGGUGCAGCAGGUGCCGCCGGGGCGGGCGGGGCAGCAGCAACAGCGGCUGCCGCAGCGGGAGGCGGCGGCAAGCCCACAGGCGUGCGCAGCAGCGGCCGGCCUGUGAUCAAGCCCGGGGCGCGCGCAGCGGCGCGGGAGGCGGCGCAGGCUGCGGCGCAGGCGGCCAACGGCGGUGUGGCUAAGGAGCGCAAGACCACAAAGGCGUCGGGCGGCGGCGCCAAAGCCUCGGCAGGCGGCGGCGGCGGCACCAAGUCCAAGCAGGCUCAGGGCCACAGGAACGGCGCGGCCGCGGCUGCAGGCAACAGCUCGGGAUCCGGAUCCGGCCGGGCGGCGCAAAUGGCAAGCCUGGAUUCGGAGGCCGACCUGAUGCUGGAUCCAGACGAGGAGCUGGCGCUGGCGGCCGCCGCCAUCUUCGACACGGACGACGGACCUGGCGACGACCUUGCCCUACUGGCGGAUGAGGAGGCCGCAGGAGGCGGAGGGGGCGUGGGCCGGGGCCACCACGUGCCUCGGCCCAGUGCCGGCAGCCUGCUGCUUGACGACGACCUCAUGUUUGGCGGCCUGGGGCUGGGGCUGCUGGAUGGGCCGCUGGGGCUGGGGCCGGGAGACCUGCCCGGCACUGGCGCGGGCACCGGGGCCGGGGCCAUGGCGCCGCCGCCGCAGAUGCAGCAGCAGCAGCCCGGAGGCGGUCUGAUGGCGCAGGACGGGUUGCAGGGGCAGGGUGUGCAAGGGGCGGUGGCGGGCAAGGGCCGGCCCUCCAACGGCCGGCGGCGCAGCAGCGGCACCACAGACACGGAGGGCGGCAGCGCCAGCGGCCGGGCGGGCAGCAGCACAGGCGGAGGCGGCGGCAGCAGCGCCGGCGGCAGUCGGCCACAAAAGACGGUGGCGCAGGCGCAGCAGCAGCUGCAGGCGGCUCAGGCGGCUCUGUCGGCAGCGCAGGCCCGACUGGCCGAGCUGGACCGCUCCUGGCGCAGUGCGGAGCAGCAACACGCCGAGCGCAAGAAGCAGGCGGCGGAGGCGCGGGCCUCCAAGCAGCAGGAGCUGGAGCGGCUGGGCGGCCAGGUGGCGGCGCGCACCGCGGCCAUGGAGGCGGCGCGGCUGGCGGCGGCGCAGGCGGCCGAGGCGCGCCAGCAGAUGGAGCGGCUGCGGCAGCAGCUGGCGGCGUUGGGGCCGGCGCCGGCAGCAGCAGCCGGCGGCCCGCACCACCACCCCCAUCAACAGCAACAGCAGCAGGCCGGCGAUGGUGGCGGUGCUGCUGCAGCGGCUGGGGCUGCAGCUGCUACAGCCACGGCACCAGGCAGUAGCAUCGCCGGCCCUGCAGGCACGGCUACGGAGGCUAGCUCGGUGGCUGCUGCAGCCAGUGGCGCGGGCGGGGAGGCUGCCGGUGGCGGCACCGGCAGUGGCAACGGAGGGACUGCUGGAGCGGACGGGGCGGUGGGCGGACACGGGCAUGCAGCGGGCGGCGCGGCGGGUGUGGCUGUCCACCAGCAGCCGCACCAGCAGCCGCACCAGCAGCCGCACCAGCAGCCGCACCUGCAGCAGUCGCCGCCGCUGCAGCAGUCAUCUGCACACGGUUCGUCCACACACACGCCCGCAGGCAGCGGCUCUGACGCAGCGCAGGCGCACCCGGGCGCGCAGCAGCCGCAGGCACAGGCGCAGCAGCAGCAGCAGCAGCCGCAGGCGCAGCAGCAGCAACACCCCCACGCCACCUCCGGCCCCGGCGCUGUCGAGGCGGCUGCCAUGCAUGCGGCACAGGUCGCGGCCGCGGGCACGUUGCAGCACGCGCAUCACCUAAUGCAGCUGCAGCAGCUGCAGCAACAACAGCAGCAGCAGCAACACGCGAUGCAGCAACACGCCAUACAGCAUCAGCAGCAACAGCAGGCCUUCCUGCAGCAGCAACAGCAGCAGGCGCAGCAGCAGCAGCAGCACCAACAGCAGCAGCCGCACCUGCAGGCGCAGCAGCAGGCGCAGGCACAGGCGCAGGCACAGCAGCAAGCCCACAUGCUUCAAUACCAGCAAGCCCUGGCCGCAGCCGCCGCUCAUCAACAGCAACAGCAGCAACAGCAGCAGCAGCAGCAGCAGGCGGCACAGCAGCAACAAGCACCCGCGGCGCAGCAAGCGCAAGCACAGGCACAAGCGCAGAUGCUGCACUUGCAGCAGCAGCAGCAAGCGCAACAGCAGCAGCAAGCACAACAGCAGGUGCAGGCGCAGGCGCAGCAGCAAGCCCAGGCUCAAGCCCAGGCUCAGGCUCAGGCCCAGUUCUACGCCGCCAAGCAUCAGCAGAUGAUGCUGCAGCUACAGCUCAUGCAACAGCAGCAGCAACAGCAGCAGCAGCAGGUGGCGGCUGCGGCCGCAUUCAUGCGGCCGGGCGCUGUGGCGAUGGCGCCCGGCGGGCUGGGUCUGGGUCUGGCGCCCGGGGCUCUGACGGCCAUGCAGCAGGCGCAGAUGGUGGCGGCGGCCGCAGCAGCCGCAGGCGGCCCCGGUGCAGCCAGCCUGCUCAUGCAGCAACAACAGCAGCAGCAACACCAGCAGCAAGCUGCUGCUGCGGCGGCGGCGGCAGCUGGGGCGUCUCACCACUUGAUGGGCGGCGGCAUGGUGGUGGGGCCAGGCGGUGUGCUGCAGCCGGCAGCUGCGGUGGCCGGAAUGGGCGGCGUGGGUGUGGGUGGUGGCGUGCCGGGGGACUCGCAGCACCAGCAUAUGCAGGCAGUGGCGCCGGGCAGCGCUGGUGUGUGAGGCGCCUGUGGCGGGGCAUUCGCCUUGGGGCGUGCGGCAUGAGGCAACCGGCGGCCCGUGUGCAUGGCUGCAUGGCGGGCGGGUGUGCACUGCGCUCCGGAGCACGUGAGCCUCGCCAGAAGCCGCGUGGCUGUGAUCGCGGGAGCUCGUACAGUUUUGUCGCUGCGGCGCAGACCGGCCGCGGGGGCCGCACGCUUGACGUGACGUGACGUGGGCGCCCAUGAGCUCACAGACCACGCGUGCGCGCGGCCCUGAUGAGCUGCGGGCUGGGCAUUGCGCGGCGCAUGACGUGUUGUGAUGACGUGUUGUGAUGGCGGGCUGACCGCCGUCCCGUGCCGCUCAUGGGCAGUUGUAGGCUGCGGCAGGACACCGUGGCUGCGUUACGCUUGGACGGAUUACUGAGUAGCUGACUGAAUGGAGAAGACAAUCCUAUUAAGGUUUGAGACGGAUGUGGGACGGACGGACAGGUUGCUUUGCAUUGUGUCACGGGCUCGCUUUCGGUUUUUGUCGAGGUGCUGACGCUGUUUGUCGUUGGGUGGAUGCAUGGGGCAUUGGGCAAAUGGACGAGCACAGAAUUGAUUUUUGGAGCAUUCUUGGGGCCACUCUGCAAAUGCGGCUUCAAGGCAGCGUGGCCAGGGCCAUACGUAGUCAGGGGGUGUCACCCCGGUCGACUGAUGCACAAAGGCCGAUACCGUGAAGGGCUGAGGGCUGAGGGCUCCGCCCAGCCAUGCGGCUGUUGCACGGGGUUACGGCAUUUCCACUCUUUUACCUAAAAGCUACCUCAGCUGGCUUAGUCAUUAUGUGUGCUUGGUGUGAUCCGGGGUACGGAUUGGAAUGUGCACGGCGUCCACGGACAAAGGAAGCUCCAAACCAUACGAGUUCACCCUGGUGCCUGGCGAUUAGCAUGUCCUUGGCGCUGUGUCGAAAGCGGGAAUGCUGCAUGCUAAACCAAGCGCAGGGCGGUUUGUCUCUUUCUCGUGCGUGUUGCUGCGCGUCAAGCGUGGGUGUUGCCACUUUGCCGCUGCAGGCGUGGACUGAAGCUUGGUCAUCAUGCACGUCCAUGCGGGGGGUGGGUGGGAGAGUUGAGGACAGAAUGGGUUCUCGAUGGGGGUCGCACCAACCCAAGUCCAAGCAUGUUGAUGGGGGCGCGGUGACGCUUACAAAGCGCUGGUGCGUGUGCCACCCGAUUGAUGGGCUGGAGCCUCAACAAUGAAUUAGGAAAGUACGGUAAUAUAACUGCCCUGCAGACUGCCGCGUUCCUAAACAAAGCGUCAAGGUGUUCGGUCUACGGCUGAUGAUGGCACAGUGGUAGGGCUAGUGCUGGACACAGCCUGUGUAACCUGCUGUACGG